AUGAAUAGCAUGCGCGAGUCUACGCUUACAAACAAAGUUUUGUCUGGUCUUUUGGAGACCCGUGUGCUUCUCACGCGAUCUACUUGUGCCGGCUACCUUUGGAAGUUAUCGCGACCUCAUAGCAACCGAAGAACGCCGAUCUUCUCGAGUGAUUCGAGGCCCUCGUCUGUCCAAAAUGCGAGUUCCGGCAAUUCAGCAGGAUUGUCGCUAGUCGCAUGUGUUAGCCCGACAUGGUUUUUCCAGUCGGCUCCACCACCAUCACCUACGACGUCUUCGUCUCCGAGCCUUCACUCGCCGGCCUCGAAGGCUGGACGUCAGACGCAAAAGCAAGCCGGGGAGACGGGCAAUGCCGCCAUGUUGACCCACAUGAGCAUUGGACCGCCGACACCGGUUUCGCUGAGCAUUAGGAAAACUCGCAAAGGCACACGAGAAGAUGUCAAAGCAAGGAGAUUACAUGUUGGUGUGUCGACACAAGUAAAUGCUGCAUCCACAUGUGAUGAGAAGCCGUCUCUUCACACUCCACUUGGCGAGCCAAGAGACGAUGAAUCCGUCGGCGGCAAACCGCUCGACAGGGACCUGGAGCCCGCGGCUUCGGCGCAGUCCUACUCGACAGAAGCGGAGCACUCAAUCUGCAGUGGUGAGGUAACAAAUGAGGCUGUUGACUUGGUCUGCGAAGCCAGGAAUAAGGGUCAAACGGUCGGUCAGACUCGUUCCGGGGCUGAGAUUGGCAUGACAAUUGCAGAGGCGGCACCCCCGACACCCACGGAAACUGGUACUUCCCGACCCAGAAGCAAAGAGUCCCCAGGGAGCGGAGGCGGAGGUGGAGGCGGGGUUGAUGGAGACAUUCUGCGUUGGCACGUAUGGCGAAGGCGUUGGUUUUGCUUUGACAGACAGCGUCGUCUUCUCGUCUACUAUUAUCGGCAUGGCGACACAAAGAUUCGAGGUAGGCAGUCUUGUUGCAUGCUCGAUGCGUUGUCCGUGUUAGCGCUUCGAGGGCUAUGGAAAUCGCCCGACCGACCUAGUUGGUUUCGAAGAUAUUGCUAG